CAUACUCAUUUGGAUAUCCAACAAGUUUCUUUACUUCUUCGAUCUUUCCUUUCUUGUAACUUUUUCAAGGCAUCAUCUUUACUUUGUUUGGAUUCUGGGAUUUUCUUUUAUAUAUAUAUAUAUAUAUAUAUAUAUAUAUCUAAACUUUUCUUUGCAAGACAAAAUAUUUCAAAAACUCAUCAAAUGCCUGAAAGCAUGAGUAUCUCUGUAAACGGACAGUCUCAAGUCCCUCCUGGUUUCCGCUUCCAUCCCACCGAGGAGGAGCUCUUGCAGUACUACUUGAAGAAGAAGGUUUCAAAUGAGAGGAUUGAUCUCGAUGUAAUUCGCGAUGUCGAUCUCAAUAAGCUUGAGCCCUGGGAUAUACAAGAGAAAUGUAAAAUUGGAACAACCCCUCAAAACGACUGGUAUUUCUUCAGCCACAAGGAUAAGAAAUACCCAACAGGAACACGAACGAAUCGUGCUACCGCUGCCGGAUUCUGGAAGGCUACCGGGCGUGAUAAGGUGAUAUACAGCAAUUGCAGGCGGAUCGGUAUGAGGAAGACUCUAGUUUUUUACAAAGGCCGAGCUCCCCAUGGCCUAAAGUCCGACUGGAUUAUGCAUGAAUAUAGACUCGAUGAUAACACAAAUGACAACAAUGUUUCAACGGUCAUGGGAGAGAAUUCAACCGAAGAGGGGUGGGUGGUUUGCCGUAUCUUCAAGAAGAAAAAUCACCACAAAACCCUAGACAGCCCCAUAAGUUCAUCCAUCACAGGAGAAAUGAGGAACCACCAGAUGUUCGAUUCAUGUAACGAAGGAGCUCUGGAGCAAAUACUUCAGUACAUGGGAAGGAGUUGCAAGGAAGAGAAUGAAGCAAACAUCACCAACACUUCGAGAUUUCUCCAACCCAUCAACACUGCAGGCUUCGGCAAUAACAACAUUACUGGCUACCAUGACAGGUUCUUGAAACUUCCAAGCCUGGAGAGCCCAAACUCAACUAGUACUACUUACCAAUCUAUGAACGCAGAUUUAUUGACCGACAGCGAAGCCACUAUGAAUGGUAGUAACCAAUGCCAUGGAAGUAGUACUACCAGUAGCGAGCCUAACAACCAGCUGGUUUACCAAAUGGAGUCGAGCCUCUCCAACUGGGUGGCUCUUGAUCGUCUGGUUGCUUCCCAACUCAACGGCCAAACGGAGGCUUCCAGGCAAUUAUCCUGUUUCAGUGACCCUACCAUAACUUACUGCAACGAUGAUGAUCAUGAUGAUCAUGAUCACGAUCAUGAUCUGCAAAUACCCAACGUACGAUCAUCUUCAUCUUCAUCCAACAAAUCUUAUCAUGCCACUCACCACUACAACAGCGAAAUCGAUCUAUGGACUUUUGCUCGAUCAUCAUCAUCCUUGUCAUCCUCCGAUCCGCUCUGCCACGUGUCCAACUCUCCUAUAUAACAGAACUACCUUAUUUUAAUUAAUAAUAUAUCAUAUAGUUCUUGAA